UUGUUGUUUAAUGUCUCACUGCCAUAUGAUAUUCCUAUCCCGCUGAUUUCUCGUUUCUUUCUACUCAUCACUCCCAGUUCCUACCUCUACACCAUCUCCACAUAUGGCCGAAUCCGACGUAGCCUCUACUCCCCGACCUCUCAAAAUCAUAACCGGAGCAGACUCCUUCGGCUGCAACCUCAAGGACGAUCUAGUCUCUCAUCUCCGCUCUCUCAACAUAGACGUUGAAGACCUCGGCACUUCCUCCUACUACUCGGUCGCCGCCGAGGUUGGCCGCCGUGUCUCCACUGCCAACGCCACAUCUCCAUCUUCUCCUUCCCCUGAAAUUCGAGGCCUUGUCGCCUGUGGAACUGGCGUCGGUGUCUCAAUCUUCGCCAACAAGUUCCCCGGCGUAUUCGCCACCACUUGUCUUUCAAAAGCUGAUGCCAUCAAUACCCGCUCCAUUAACAACUGCAAUGUCCUCGCGGUCUCUGGCAUGUCCACGUCUCCAGAAUCCGCCAUAGAGAUCCUUGACACUUGGCUCAAUACCCCUUUCAAGGCACCAUGUCCUGCUUUUAAUUUCGCUCCCUGGAGCGAAGAGAUAUCUUCAUUCCUAGACAAUUCCCUUGAGGAAAUGCCAAAAGUCGGAAAAGAAGAUAUAUCCAAUGAAAAUAAGGAAGAAACCUUAACUCCAUGUGCUCUAUGUUGCUUAGUGAAGAACAGGAAGCUGGAUCCGAUCGAUAUUAUUCCAGGAGGUUCGAUGAAGAUAGUAAGAGAGAGCCCAACAUCAGCUAUAGUGAGCUUCAAGGCAGGGAGUGUAGAGCCGGCACAUCACCAUACAUUUGGACAUGAUUUGUUGGUGAUGAAGGGGAGCAAGAGGGUAUGGAAUUUGACGAAGAAGACAAAGUAUGAUCUGGGUGUUGGAGAUUAUCUGUUUACUCCGGCUGGGGAUGUGCAUAGAGUGAAGUAUUUUGAGGACACAGAGUUUUUCAUCAAGUGGGAGGGCCAGUGGGAUAUGUUUUUUGGUGAGGAUCUCGAGGUUGCAAAGAGUGCCAUUGAGAAAGAAGCAGAAGAUGGAUUUAAAUGGAUAAAGUAAGGUGUGGAGGUGAAAUGAGCUUCGUAUUGCAUAAUGCCUGGUAUGUGUUUGUUGUUUGUAACUCUAUGGUGUCUGAUAUAGUCAAUGUUAUCAUUGUCAGAGUCAGGAAUAUUGAGGAUGUGGAAUUUAGAUCUUUUCCAUUUGGUGUUAGUCCUGAACUUGAGCUUGAUUUUGAUACAUACCUGAGUUAUAUUUGGAAUAAUUUAGUUGCUCUGUGGUUAACAGCUGA